GUGUCGUGGCGGACGUCGCGCGGUCCAGUGUCCGGCCGGCGGUGUCCAUGCCACAUCCGGCCAACAGCUCGUGGAUUUCUAGGUCGCUGUUGCAUCCGCUCCACAAGCUGGGUGUUAGGCCUAACACUCACUAAUGAUAUGAGCGCUGCCACAGCAUGACCAACCGCCAUUCGCCCCUCGCUCGCGCCCACCCACCUGCCCUCCUCCGGGCAGCAAUGGCCGGCUACAACGCCUUCCUCACGGCCGCCGAUGCGCUGCCCCAGAGCGGAGACGCAGCGGCGCCGGCGGGGCAAAGUGGCAGCGGGGGUGGAAGCGGCAGCUUGUUUGGGUUGUGCGUGACGUGUGUGCGUGUGUGACGUAUGUGACCCGUGUGUUAGCCGCAGCCCCCUCGCGCCGUUGCCGCAGCCACUGUGGCGCCGGCUGCCGCGGGGUCUGUGAUAAUUUCUGGACAUCAUAACAGGGUUAAGGGUGCUAAAGAACUGACAAUUCGACUUGAGCCCGCUGCGAGAGCGCGCGCUUGUUUGCUCGAGACGCUCAACGGCAGUGCCCUGAUGUCAAGGGUAGCGAGCAGUCUGUUUAUUUAGCAGGUACUGGUAGGCUGGUAGGGCUCGUCACCAUGAUGGAUUAACAUGGAUCGAGAAUUUCACAUGGGGUCCUGAAAUGACCGCCUCUGUUGAAUGCUUGUUAAGCAAAUUCAGUGUUUCAAUCUGCCUCAAUGGACACUGCGGCGCGUGAAGAUUGCCUUUCGGAGUACCAGCAGCUGACGCCAGGCCAGCGGCAACAGCUGCUCAAGGCGCUGCUCCGUGACUGCGAAUACACAGCGCUCUCAUUGGAUAGAUUUUAGAAGAGAGAGGAGGAAGAUCCAUUGAAGACUUGACCUUGGCGCUCGCACAAUAUCGCUGCAAUGUCGCUGCUCUUGAGCAGCUGCUCACGGUACAUGGCCCCAAUACAGAUGACUGAGCAAGCGUGCAUGGCGUCUUAGGACCUGGACGAGGCGGGCUUGGGGAGAUGCACGUGAUGCUAUGGAGGCCUAUGCGAACACCAGCGCGCAGGAGCUCAUGAUGAUGCACGAUGCGCUCCAUUUGAAUAACUGUACGCGCGCGAUUGUGCGGGGCCGUGCCGUGAUGGCCGUGCGCCUGCAUCGGCCGGGGCACCAGCGCAAGGUGCUGUAGCGCGCGGUGAGGCGCGGCGCGGAGCCGUCCCCUGGCCUGUAGCAGUCUUGAGCUCUAGUGACGGGGCUGCAUGAGCUGUGGUGCAUGCAUCGAAGGCUCUCUGUGUGGCUGCCCAGCUUGUGUUUGGUACCACUCUGUUCUGCGCUUGUUGUGUGCCAGGGUUUGGGGGUGCGGAUGUCGGUUAUAAACAGGGG